AUGGCUUCUCAUCCAACCCUCAUCCACAACAAAACCAAUGAAUCAUCCUCAUCAUCCUCUUCUGAUGAACCACACCACUCCUAUCCAAGGACCAUGAGAGCUCACCUUGUUGAGAAUUAUUGCGAUCAUCCCGAUUUCAUUCUGAAACAAGACUUCCCUGUUCCACCUCUCCUUUCAGACACUCAACUCUUGGUUCAUCUGAAAGCCUUUUCUCUCAAUCCAGCAGAUUAUAAAACUCGAAACGGAUGUGCCAAACUGCUCUUUCCAUUACGUUUUCCGGCUGUAUUGGGCAAAGAUGGAUCUGGGCAAGUGGUUGCUACAGGUUCCAAGGUGCUAAAAUUCAAACCAGGUGAUUCCAUCGUCGGUUGUCAGAGUGGCAAUCGUUCGGGAACGUUUGCAGAAUUUGCUGUCUUUGAGGAAAGUGAAUGCACGUUGAAACCAAAGGAACUCUCUCAUGUACAGGCAAGUGCUUUCCCAACAGCAGGUUUGACCAUGAUUGAGGCUUUUCGAACACAUCCCGAGAUGGCUCCAAUCAUUGAGAGAGAGUCUCAGAAAUUGCUGAAUGAUGAUCGGAAUCAGUUCAAUGAUGAUGAUUAUCAACAUAAACCCAAUGAAGAACAAGAACGAGAGGAUGAUGAUCAACAUAAACCCAAAUUGAAUAUCAUGAUUAUUGGAGCGAGUGGUGGAAUUGGAUGCAUGAGUCUCAUGUUUGUCAAGAACUUUCUCUCUCGAUUCUUCCGAGUCAAUAAGCUCAUUGCUGUGUGUUCGGGAAAGAAUGAACGAGUGGUCUCAGAGUUGGGAGCAAAUGUGGUGAUUGAUUACAUGAAAACAAGUGCCCGUCAUGGACCUCAGACGAUUCAUGACGAGGGAGAAGUUAAUGAUGAUGAAAAUUCGAGAUUGCCAAGUGUGUGUCAACUGCUUCGUAAGGAACAUGGGGUGGAGUUUGUGGACUUUGUUUUGGAUUGUUAUGGUGGAUAUUAUUACUAUGAUGAUGUGUGUAGUCACUUGUCGAAUUCAAAUGUAGUAACUUCAAAUGGAUCCGUGAAACGAACAUUCUUCACUACUGUGAAUCCACCCGGCAUUGACUCAUUGAAUUUCACAAAUCUCCUCAAAAUGGCUUAUUUGAUGUUGAGCACGAAAAUGAAAUCUUGGCUUUCCUAUUCUUAUCCAGUGUUCCAGUUGGCUUCCUUUGAAGCGACUAAUGAAAGAUAUUUCAAAUUAUUACUUGAACAAGUAGCUAUUGCUUCAUGUGAUGCAAAGAAUAUGGAACAGACAAUAAUGGUCGAAAAUCUUCCCCUCACUGUUUACUCGUUUGAUGAAAUUAAGGAAGCACAUGUUGUUCUUGAAUCAAAAAGAGCUGUAGGAAAACUGGUGAUAGAUAUGGAGAAAGAAUGA